CCGCCCCGAGUCGGAGGUGGGCGGUUAGGGAAAUGUCCUCCCGCCGCUGCCGCUGCCGGGGCUGCUGGUGGCUGGAGCUGCGCCGCCGCUGAGCCCGAGCCGGUGUGUGUGUGUGUGUGCGCGCGGGGCGGGGAGGAGGCGGUUUACUUUUCACGGCUGCCUGGUCGGUGUAAUGUGGAGGAUCAGAAAUGCCUUAUGUGGAUCGACAGAAUCGUAUUUGUGGAUUCCUAGACAUUGAAGAAAUAGAGAACAGUGGAAAAUUUCUGCGCCGUUACUUUAUUCUGGACACUCGGGCAGAUAGUUUGCUGUGGUACAUGGACAAUCCACAGAAUCUGCCUUCAGGAGCAUCAAAUGUUGGGGCUCUUAAACUCACUUACAUUUCAAAGGUCAGUGAUGCCACAAAGCAACGACCAAAGGCAGAGUACUGUUUUGUUAUUAAUGCAGGAAUGAGAAAACACUUUUUGCAAGCCAAUGAUCAGCAGGACUUGGUUGAGUGGGUGAAUAUACUGAACAAAGCUACAAAGAUCACAGUACCCAAACAAUCAGACGUUCUGCUGAAUACAGAUAACCAAAGUUGCCAUGCGGAGGGGCAGUGUGCAAGGAAGCCAGGACCAUACAAAACUGAAAUUAUUGGAGGUGUUCCCAUUAUUACACAGACUUGUCAGGAGGGGCAUGAAAAUCUGGAUGGAAAUGAGAAAAGCAACUUGAAACGCUCCCAAAGCCAACUAGCUUAUUUUAUUGGCAAACCUGCAUCUGACCUGGCAGUCAUUAAAAGUGGCUACUGCGUUAAACAAGGAGCAGUGAUGAAAAACUGGAAGAGAAGAUAUUUCAUACUGGACGAAAAUUCAAUAGGUUACUACAAAUCUGAUCUGGAUAAGGAACCACUUCGCACAAUACCACUUAAAGAAGUUAAUAAAGUUCAGGAGUGUAAACAAAGAGAUAUUCUGCUGAGAGACAACCUGUUUGAAAUUGUUACUAAUUUUAGGACAUUUUAUGUGCAGGCUGAUAGCCCUGAAGAUAUGCACAACUGGAUCAAGGCAAUAUCUGGGGCAAUAGUAGCACAGCGAGGCCCUGGCAGAUCAGCAGCGUCUGAGCCUUCUGACCCAUCCACAGCAGAAUGCAGUACUAUCUCAUCUUCCUCAGCGACAGCAGCCAGCUAUAAUCCCCUCUUUGCAGCAGCCAGCUUCACUCCAGGCCCAGUCCUCAAACCCCCACGUGACGAGGAGAAGCGAGGACUUCAGGAGCCUUCUACCGUGGCUCAGCCAGGGCAGCACAAGGUCGAGGCUCUCUCUACCAGAAAACCAGCUUCCAAAAUGAUGCAGGAAGCUACUCCAGUCUCCCAAAGUAAAAAUGGCCUGAAGGAGACUUAUCCUGCUCCUGUGGAUCUAGAUGAUGCCAGUCUUCCUGUCAGUGACAUUUGAGUAAAACUCCCAACUGUCUAAUAGUGACGCACAUUGCUAGGAAAUGAUAGGAAGGGGAUAGUUCUGUUCUCAGAAACUAAACUUGACUUAAAGAUUCACCUCAUUUGUCUCCAUAGUGAUGUGCAUCUGCUGAGAUCUCUCGGUGGCAGAUUCCAUGUUAUUAGCACUCAUGGAGAAAUACGGAUUGGUUGGUGUUAUUUGUAUGGCUUUGUUAGGUUUUUAAAAAAAAGAAAAGUUGUGCCUAAAGAACAGUAUGUGUACCUUCCUGGUCCAAAGAUGCUGCACCUUGUCAUUAAAUGUAUGGAUUAUUCUUUUGUAUAUUUAGGUUAAUAAAUUAGGAUUUCCAUUGUGAGAAUCUUACACCGUGUUUUUCCCAGCCUUGACAGUUCCGGGGUUGUACUGUGUAUAAUCUUUGACAUUUGGCCUGUGUGUUUUAUGCACAAAAUUACCAUAGAGCUUUAAGUGCCUGUCUGUACACUCUGUAAAACAAGUUAUUGUGGUUUGUAUAGAUAUUUGAUCACAUAUAUUGCAAAACAUUACACAUUUUAUACCUACGUUCGUAAGCUUUUGAGGUGAACCAAUGGAGAAAGAAAUUGUACUAACUUGUUUAAUUCGAUAAAAUUCAAGUUCAGAUUGAUAAGGAUGUAUCUGUUUAAUACUUUUGAAUAGUUUCCUGUGCAAUACUUAUUUCAAUAAUUGCAAAUGAUGAAAGAUAUCGAACAUUUUUGAUACUGUCAUUGGGUAUUGUAUCUUUAGUUUUUUUUAAAGUAUGUACAUGUAUGUAUGUGUGGGUAUAUAUAUAUACUACAUGUACAAAGAUGUACAUACACACUUCCUGAUAGGAUAAAAGAUAUGAGUGUUUAUUUUACCGGUUGUGCACCUACCAAAUAUAUUUCACUCUAGACUUUGACAAUUACCGCUAUAGAGCCAUUUAACUCAAUUGAUUUAGGAUUCAGAGUCACUGGAAUAACUGGAAUGCUUUGAAGGGAAUCCUAGUUUAAAUACAAUUGUGAGAUUGAGACAUUUUUCACUUGCGGUAGAAACAUGGUGGUCAUUUGUGGAAAUGAGUAUUGUAAUGCACCUAUCAAUGGUAUUUAAUCUGCAAUUAUGGGAAUUAAAGGGCAUUGACACCUAA